AUGGGGACUGUACCAGAUCCUCUUAGAUCUGCCAAGCUUUCCCUGGUCACAGCUUCUGUGGUGGAGGACCACCUGAGAGAUCGGGAGUCUGCUAACCACCAGCCCCAGUUACACAGUGGAGAGAAGGCUAGCAAUGGCUUCCCAGGCACGCCAUCCACCUCUUCUGAGAUUUGCUGCUUUGACCUGAAAUGCAUGCAGAGGUGCGAGCAAUGCCACAAGGAGGAUGCUAACCAGCAGGAAACCUUUCCUCCCAGAUUCACCAGCAAAACUGCAGAGGCACAUCCUGCAGCCAUAGAGGCUGCUGGUUGCUCCUGGCCAUCAGCGAGCCAGGGACCAGCAGUGCCAGGAGCCCCUUUGGUGGGGCAGGAGCCAGAGAUGAUGCCAGCCCCCCAGAGCUCCCGGCAGUUCGUGCAAGGCAGCCAGUCGAAAACGAGCUCUCUGAUGCAAAUGGAUGACUCUGCCUUGAAACCUCAGGGGACUGAUGAUCAGCCAGCACUUGAGGUGUUUAAUUAUUCUUCCCUGGAUGACCCUGUCAGGGGUAAUGAUUCCUGUCAUACUUCUCAGGCAAACCUUCUGCAAAGAGGGGAAAAAGACAGAGGAGGAGAAAAUACUGGUUCUACCACAUGUCAGUCAGCCUCGUCAGCGAGGCACAGCGAAGGUGACCUGGGAAGAGACCCACGGACCAGUCCGGAAGCAAAAAGUGGGGCUGCAGACACCACGCAGUUGCAUUCCACAGAUAAAACUGAAGCAGUGCAGAGCAGCAAGACACCAGCCCAGCCUAGCCGUGAGAGUCCACAGCCCGUACGGCAUGUGGGUGCUGAGCCAGUGAGUCCAGGCCCCACUCAAGUCUCCAAAUUCAGAGAAAUGAGUACAAUGACGGUUCAUCCAGAAAGCAGCUCUUUAACUCAGGAAGCAGGAAGCAGGACACAGCGAGAUGCAGAGGUUCAAGCUGUGGCUACCAUGGAGUGCAAAUCAGCCUCCACCAGUCCCAGCAUCCUUGCUGCCUUCUUAAAAGGGAAUCCUUCUCCAGAGGAGAAGGAAGAAGUGCACAUCAUUUACCAAGGAAGUAUGGGGCUGAGCCAGUCUGCACCUACUGAUAGUUUAUCCUCACAACAAAAGUCCCCGUGUUCUCCUGGUCUCACGUCAAAAUCGACUGUUGUUACGGCUGUGACUGCUUCAUCCCAAACCCAGGCUGUCAAGAUCCCUGGGGUCUCAUCUGAUAUGGUGUCUCCAGUGUUAGCAGAUAACACAAAACCUGUUUUCCCCAUCUCCCCUGUGGCUGUUACCUCCCAAGGGACAUCUGUGGGUAAUGCCGAGAGGACUGAUGCAGCACAUGAUGGCAAAGAUGCUUCUCGGCUUAUGAUGGAUGCUCCAGUCCCACCAAAGCCGAUCCCCGGUGAGCAGCUUGCAGUUGACUCCAGCAAUCAAACUCCGGCAGAGUCUGGGUCUGGUGCUGGUGAACCAAGCACCAUCACUUCUGUUGCCGCUGUCCCCGGAACCAAGAACAAUGUGCGAGAUGCAGGAAGCAGCCGCUUACCUUUACUCUGUAGCAAUGAUAGUGAAGUCAAACAGAAGGAGGUCCUGGGCAGCUCUGAGCAAAAACCUGUGCAAAGUAAGGGUGUGAGUCAAGAGGAGGCCAUUCCUAAUGAAUCUGUGGUAAAACCAAAGGGAGAAAACUCAGUGGUGCUUGAUCCUAAAGGAGGGAUGAAUGUUAACAGCCAAUCUGCCGUUGUCCACAUACAGACGUGCUUGAAGAAUGGAGGUGAGAAGGAGGAGAGCAGAGGCGAGGAGGGUGCUGGCCAGGGUCAGACGGCUGUCGGUCAGGGCCUGCAGGCAGGAUUGAUGGCCAAGUUGAGUGCGAGCUCUGCACAUCUCACCCCUCCCUCGGAGGCACUGGCAGCUCCCCAGCAGCAAGGCCUCCAGGCAAAGGAGUCCAGACACGAGCUUCACACAGCAGCUUUUCCUGCUUCAGCUCAGGCUGUGCCAAACCUGGGGGAAAACAAAAAGCAGCCCACGCCGGCCAUGGAGGCAAAAGUGCAGGUGAAGCAGUCCAAACACGUCAGGGAUGUUGCUUGGGACGAGCAGGGCAUGACAUGGGAGGUUUAUGGUGCUUCCCUUGAUCCAGAAUUCCUGGGAAUCGCCAUCCAGAACCAUUUGCAGAGACAAAUACGGGAACACAAGAAACUGAUCCGGGCCCAGAACAGUCAGACCCGGAAAUCCAUUUCCUCGGAUACAUCCUCAAAUAAAAAACUGAAAGGGAGGCAGCACAACGUGUUCCAGUCUAUGCUACAGAAUUUUAGGCGUCCUAAUUGCUGUGUCCGACCUGCUCCCUCUUCAGUGUUAGACUGA